AUGUAGAAAACGUUGAUUUGAUCCAGGAUAUAUUCCGGGGAUGCAUUUUCGUUACGGCACUUCGUUUCAAAGAGCAGCCGACAAAAGUGUCGCAGAAUUCGAUGUGCGACUGGCCGCAGAGCGGAGUCGCAGAGCUCUGGAGACCAGUUCGCGGGCCAGAAGUCGCAGUGCCCCAAAAAUCCCGUCGAUCAGGUCUCUCGAUCACGUCAAAGCGGCCAUUAAACAGUAUGAGCAGAGGAUCAAGUACAAAGAGCACCACAUUUCGCCAGAAUUUCCACCAAUCGCAGGCUACACAGGCCACAUUCCAAGGUUACGAGGCACUGAAGCAUCUCUGAGCCAGCGCUUCCAUACAGCUGCCAAGCGAGGUCUCAGCUUACUACAAAAGGAGCGAGAAUCAAAUAAAACAAUGGAUGAAGCGCAAACUGCUGUUCAAAUAGCUCUGAGAAAUUCGCAGCCUCGGUACUCAACUCCGAUCAGAUGAACACAGUUACCAAUAAACUGCUUCAAAUAUGUAUACAAAAAUACUAUUCUACUAAAUUAUUAUACUGUUUUAGACAAUAUAAUAGCCUAUUGGUGUUACAUCUAUUUAAAUGCAUUUAUUUUAGAUAACGCUAGCGAUGGAGUAUUUUCACAACCGUCAUAAGAUUGUUUGUUUAUUUUUCUAAAAAAUAGAUAUGUGAGUGUGAAAUAAGUCUAUUUUUUAAUUAAUCCAACAGAAUUUAUGAAUUCUAAACACACAAAAAUGUAGAAAAGUGAAUUCCUACUUGAAAUGAAUUCGAGUGAGCCUAUUUUUAUUGCUCUAUCAUUGUAGAUCAAAGUAGGCCUAUUUAUUGAAAAUUGAAAUUCCUCAGAUAUUUUAAAAAAUAACUUAUACUUUGAAUUAGAAUAGAUUUUUUGAGUAUGAACACCCUUAUUUUUAUUUAAUGGAAUUGAAGAAAUUCACAUUUUUCUUAGAGAAGGAGUCUCUGAUUUCUUUAUUAUUUUCCAAUUUAAUAAUACAUGAAAUGCUAUAUGCAGCAAUAAGAAUGUCUAUAAAAUGGUUCAAAUUCCUUAGAAAAUGUUGUGUUAUUCAACUAUUAUUUAUAACAUAGGAUACUUCUAGCGAGCAAGAGAAAUUCAAAAAUAUCAGGCUACAAAAUUUUUAUUCCAUUCCAUGUUUUGUAAAUUGAAAUUGAUCUUUAUUUGCCAAAAAUCAUAUAUCAUCACAAAAUAGUAACUUUCUUGGUAAAAAGGUUACUAGUAUUUACAUGAAAAGUAGAAAUCUCUCCCUUAUUUCUACUUUAUUUUUAAUUCAAGUUCAUAUUUAUGAAGUUGAAAAAAGGGUAGGCCUACUUUGAUUUUCAAUAUCUGUAUAUAUCACAAAAUAGAUCUAUGAAUUUGAACUAUACAUUUAUUGAAAAGGAAUACUUCCAGCCUCUGAAUGCUCCCCUCACUUUCUAUACAAUUCGUAAAUUUACACUUUACAUUGAAAAUUAUCAUGUUAUAUGAUUUGAAAUCCAUCCUCUUCCAUUCAUUUGUUGUCCUUAUGGAAAAUUAUGUGUAAGUUUUAGAUCAAGAUACAACAUUAGUCGAUAGGAUCACUAUUUUCUUUUCAUAAAAUUAAGAAAAGGAAAUGAGUGAACUGUGAACUUGAUCUUGUAAAUUAUUUGUGAAUAAUGUUAUUUAUUUGUUAGCUUUGGUUUAAACGCAGGUAUGACGAAUGAAUAAAGUAAUCUAUU